CCAGCACCUGCACGAGGAAGUCUGCUCCCAGGAGUGGCUGCUGCCAGUGUCUUUGUCCCCAGGGCGAGCCUUAGCUGCCCCCACCCCCUCCAGGAGACUCUCCAGGAUCUGCAGGAACAAUUCCCAGAGGACAUGGAGGCUGGAAACCACACCAGCGUGACGGAGUUCAUCCUUUUGGGGUUAACAGAGGAUCCUACACUUGGUGUCAUCUUCUUUGUGCUAUUUCUAGGCAUAUAUGUUAUUAUUUUAGUGGGCAAUAUCACCAUAAUUAUUUUAAUAGCAAGCUGUUCCCAACUUCACUCCCCUAUGUACCUUUUCCUUGGCCAUUUGGCUUUUGUUGACAUCGGUUGUUCUACAUCUGUCACACCUAUGAUGAUUAUAGGAUUUCUUAGACAUAGACUAGCCCUCCCAGUUGCUGGCUGUGAAGCCCAGCUCUGUUCUAUGGUGAUGUUUGGGUCAGCUGAUUGCUUCCUGCUGGCUGUCAUGGCCUAUGACCGCUAUGUGGCCAUCUGCUUGCCCCUUUUCUACUCCACCCGUAUGUGCCCCAGAGUGUGUGUCCUCUUGGUGGGGGGUUCCUAUCUUGGUGGGUGUGUCAAUGCUUGGACAUUUGGUAGUUGUUUAUUGACUCUGUCUUUCUGUGGACCAAAUCAGAUAGAUCACUUUUUCUGUGAUUUCUCCCCUCUGUUGAAACUUUCCUGCUCAGAUGUCUCCACUAUUGAAAUUAUCCCUUCCAUCUCUUCUGGAUCUAUCCUUGUGAUCACAGUGUUUGUCAUAUCUCUCUCUUACAUCUGCAUCCUCAACGCCAUCCUGAAGAUGCGCUCCAGUGAAGGGAGACACAAGGCCUUCUCCACCUGCACCUCUCACCUCACUGCGGUCACUCUCUACUAUGGAACGAUUACCUUCAUUUAUGUGAUGCCCAAAUCCAGUUACUCAACUGAGCAGAACAGAGUAGUGUCUGUGUUCUACACAGUGGUGAUCCCCAUGUUGAACCCCCUCAUCUACAGUCUGAGGAACAGAGAUGUAAAGGAGGCCCUGAGAAAGGCAAUGUUCAGAAUAUAUUCUUAGGAUCCAUUCUUAACAUUUCAGGUGACCUAUAAAAAUUUUUGUUUACCAAUAUCACACUUCAGUUCAGUCCAGUCCCUCAGUUGU